AUGGGUGACACUAAAAAUUUGUCCGAAGAUAAUGGUGCUGAUAAAUUUAAUCUUGGAUCAGGGGAAGCCAAUCAAGCUACCACUUCAAAGUUAUCGGUGAAUCCAGAAGAGAACUCCCACAAUAUGAACGAUCUGAAAGCAUUGGAUUUUAAUUCUGCCGAUGAAGUCAGGCAAACAAUGAAAGCUGUAUUAUCAUGCAAAGAACCAUAUAACACCGCAGAAGAGAAUAUUUCCCAACGUAUUGUAGGUAACGUUGAAAAGAAAGUCAAUAAUGAUAAAAAACCAGUUGAAGUUGAGAUUGCAAAUAAAGAACAGAUAAACAAUUUAAUUAAAACUGAACCCAAAGAGAACAUAUGCGUGUUGGUUAAUCCUAAAACUGAAAUAUGGAGUUCUAACGACUGCAAUGUGAAGAAAAGACCUGGCAGACCACCAAAAGCAGGAACAUCUAAGAAGAAGUUGUUUAUUGGCGAAUCUGUAUCAUAUUUCAGCAAUCUCUUAGCGGAUCGUAUCAUAUCGGAAAUUGAAUUUCCGAUUGGCUCGCGGUGUUCCGUGCUCCAAGACCAGCAACAGUGA